AUGAUGUCCCCAAAUCAUUUGUCAGAUGAUCGAGCCUCUCCUCCUCAUCAUCAUUUCAGACAUACACCCUUGCAGAUAAUUCAUGUUGUUGCAAAUUUCUUGAGGAUUUGGUCAAUAUACUCCAUGUUCCGAUACUUAUCACAGACCGGAGCUUCGGUUGUUCUUUUUCUUUUUGCCUGUCUGGCUCCUGCAGCUAUCCUAUUUUUGAUUUUGCAAAAGCCUUGGAAGGGAAGGCCACUUUCUAAUACACAGGUUGUGCCUUCUAUAAUAAACGGUUUUAUAACAGCACUGUAUCUGGUCUUGUGGGGAAAGGGACUGAAAUCAUGUGGCCCAGUUAGAGCGAUAUUGGGUGAGUAUUCCGGCGCUGUCCUUGGAGUACUGUCCGGAGUGUUGUAUGGGAGGAGAAGCAAUCUGUGGAAAAAGAUAGGUGGCUUAAUUGCCAUGUGUGCAUCAUUUUAUCUGCUAUCUGAAGGAUGGGCCACAGCGACAUUUUCUCCGUUCUCGUGGGAAGAUAGAGAGGAAUCUGAGGCUCAAAAAGAACACGUUUUGGGCUUGAAGCAUAUGUUAAUCCCUAUUAUUGCUGGUAUCCUAUCAGCACUUAGGAGAGUGAUCGCAAGGCGCGUUUCAAUCAAGAAUCAACUUAAAAGGCGGCUCCAUGCUUUAACUAUUGCUUCUGCGACGUGUUUUAUGUUUCCUAUUGCCAUGUGGGACGUAAUCAUAGGAUCACCUUCCGAAAGCAACGGGAAACUGCCCUUCUCGGCCUGGGCCUUCUUCAGCACAAUUCUCUUCGGAAAUAUCGUGAUAUUCUAUGCUGACAGUAUUGCAGAGGAGAGAUUGCACAUGGUUUUCUCCUCACCGAGGCAUUUGAUGGCUGCUAGCGCAUGCAUCAUUGUCAUGGAGAUGGUGUACAAGAUGGAUUUUUCUCUUACAGGCUUCGUGAUUUGCAGCUUAAUAUUAGGUUUCGGGAUAUAUGAAGCAACUUCAUUGGAGCGCAACAGAAAAGAUUCUACUCGAAAAUCAGAUUUAUUGACUGAAGAAUUCGAUAAUCCAAUCGAGAUGUCGUCGCUACCUACUUGA